UGCGACUGCACAAAUGGUGGCAAUCGUAAAAGAGCACUCUGAAGGGCCUCAAAGAACUCGUGUGUUUCGUGGAUUAAUGAAGUCUUUAUUUAAACGCGCUGUCGUAUAAUUGCCGGGCGUUUCAGUGAACAUUCGGUAAUUGUGCUGCGCGGUAAUUAAGCGCUGUCGAGAUGCUUGACCCUGUCCAAAUACUGUGGCUAGUGGCGGUGGCCGCCCUGUGGGGUUUCUCAGCUCCACUCCUGCGUAGAGGAGGCAAAGGCGUGGAGGAUAUCAAACGCGAUGGAGCACUGAGCCAGUGGCUCGCUGAAGUGAAGUUUCUCGCCACCAGGCCGCAGUACGUGAUGCCAUUCCUAAUAAACCAGAGUGGGUCUGCAAUUUAUGCUCUGGCCCUUGGGUCUGCAGACUUGUCCUUGGCAGUGCCAUUAACCAAUUCUCUCAACUUCAUCUUCGUUACCUUGGCUGGGCGCAUUCUGGGUGAAACGACCACCAGCGCUCGCACGUACACUGGCAUGGCUUUUGUGACCACAGGAGUGACACUAUGCGUGGCUGACAAAGCCUGGAACCAGGGUUGACGUCCAACUUUUUUUUUUAUGCUAGAGCAUCGAGAGAGCAGUCACCGGUGAUAGCAGCACGUGUCUAUCAUCCAUGUACACCUAGGAAAGUGAGAUUGUCGAGGAAUUUGUACAGAAAUCGUGACAUUCCAGGCUCAUAGUAGGUCACCUGCUGGUACACCUUGUAUUUAUUUAAGUGCCAAACAGAAGUAUUCAAGUGCUGUAAUAUUGCAUGUAACUUCAUCUUGCGUAGCUCGGGUCCUAAUGUAGUCAGCAAUACGGCGCUGUCUCGUCAACUUGCAGCUAUGUGCAAGCUACGCAGAUUCUAAUUUUUCAUGCUGGCACACGUCAUUUGUUACACAUUGCAUAGAUUCUUCUACACUAGUUCUGGACAGUGCUGCAUGAGGUGUUGCAAGAGUCUGUGUUUGAGUGCAUUGAAGUGUCAACUUUCUUUCUUCACGCUGCACUGAAUUGGUAGUGCAGAAAAACGCGGUCACAUCAACGCCUAAACGUAUGCUCCCACGCACCUUCGUGUUAACUACCUACUACAUGUAGAAGCGUGCAAAGCUUUUUUGUGAUUCUAACUGCCGUAGUUACGUAGUUCAUGGAGGAUAUGAAAAGUGAGCUGCAGUUAGAUAUGGCUAGGUUAAAAAAAAUGCAGUGCGUGAUGAGCAUUUUAUGUAAAUGAAAAACUUUGAAGUGGGUGUAGUGCAAGGUACUCUAGGCUUAGCUUUCUAGUUGUCAGAAAAAAGAAAUAGUAAAAAUGGUGCUCCUCAUUCUAUUUUUUGGAAAUUAAUUAAAAGUUGAGGACCACGCAGCAUGCACUGGAAUGUGAAAUGAUAGGAAUAAUACUAAAAGAUCGGAGGACGGCAGAAUGUGUCAGGAAAAAAAACAGGGGUUGCAAAUAUUCUAGUUGACAUCAAGCGAACGAAAUGAACCUGGGCUGGCCACGUAAGGCGUAGAACAGACAACCGGUGGACAGUAAAAGCAACAGAGUGGUUACCAAGGGAUGGGAAACGUAGUUGGGGAAGGCAGGGAAUUAACUAGAUGGAGUGACAAAAUUUGAGAAGUUCACAGGGACAAGAUGGAGUCGGCUCGCACAGGAUAGAAUGAACAGGGAGAGGCCUUUUUCCGGCAGUGGACUAAAACAGGCCGAGAAUUACGAUGAUCGAUGAUGAAUUUUAGCUGAAAAGUGUGAUGAAAGCUAGUUCGAUAGAAAGCUGAAACAAAAAUCACUUUGCAGACACACUUCAACAUUUUUUUCGAUGGUAGUAAACUAGACAAGCUCAAGGUUCUCUGGUAUACACGAGAUAUUUCUAGUCUUUUUCUGGCUUGUGCACGUUUUGUCUGUAUACUGUGAUAAAAAUCGAGGAGUGGGUAAGGCGCAUGCAGAGCACCCGUGUCCUUGCCGCCUUUGUCUUGAAGUUGUGAGGAUGGGCUAGCUUCCUUAUUCUUGUCCUUAUCCUUAUCUGCUACUUCGCCAUAUAUUUUCGUGCACAUACCUUUGCUGAAGUUCUGUGGCCACAUAAUGCAAAUAAAGUCACACUUUGUUUCCGGUUUAUAUCCAAUCAUUUCUUUUAAUUCCUGCAGUGUGCAGGACACUGAAGGUUGCCUAAUUUUGCUCGUGUAACUUCACUUCGUUAAUUUUUUUUCAAGGGGCUCGUUUCUUCAUUAGACACAGCCAAAUGAAUCCGACAGGCAGUUAGACCAGAAAAAGCAGAGGGGACGUUAAUUGUAGUCUUUAACUAUAAUGCAGCAAUUGUGACGUUAAUUGACGUAAAUUAAAGUGGACAAAAAAUCAGCCUUUUCGUCGGUGGGAUCCGAACCCACGCGCAAUUUGAAGUUUGUGGCUUCAGAUCCGACCAUUGAAAACGGUGACUUUGUCUACUUUCAUUCAUUUUAAUUAUUGUCACAGUUACUACACCACAGUUAAAGACAGCAAUUAAUGCCCCAAUGCUCUUGCUGGCCUGAUUUCCUGUUGGAUUUAUUUGCUUCAGUAGGUUAGUCAUGCAGUUGAAGCAUUGAUUGAGUAUUGAUUUGGACGUUUAAUUUAUCAAUUUCCCUGUCUCUGCUUGUAUCGCAACCUUGUGGGCUGCAGGCUUGCAAGUUGGGCUGUCGUUGUGAUGUCACCUCAGUGUUGCUUGCAAAAGUGAUUUUGGGAACAGCAUUUCGUCGAGUUCAUCUCUAGUGAAUAUUUUGAUACUGAAAGACUGAAAGCUGUACAAACCGAACAGUUACAAAAUACUGCAGCAGCAAGGGCAGCACUCUUUCUUUCGAGUUUGCUGAGUGGAAAAGAGAAAUAAAAAGAAAAAAGAGCAUUUCAACUAAACAUGAUCAAGUGUCAGUCAUGUUUUUCUACAAUUGUUCAUGACGCUGUGCAAUUUAAAAGAGGGUGU